AUGGACGUCAACGAAACAAUACGAUGCGCGUGCCGGCUGCAUUCCGAACCGCUAUCGGAGGAGCCACUAGACGCCAUUAUAAAGAGGUAUGAAGGUCCCGAUCUGGUUAAGAAAAUGCAUGAGCCCGCUGCCGAUCUAGAUUUCGGUACCAAAUUUAUCCGGAAACAUGAAGAGUUCAUCCCUCUUGGAAGCAAUUUCCCCAGUGUUGAGAUCAAUGGAGGAAGAUUGAGGUGCUGUCACAAUCUUAGAAAAGGAACUUCAGCCAGUGCGGAAAAAGAACAACUAUUUGUCCUUCUUCAUGGGUUAGGUGGAAAUAUGGAGCAAUUUGAGCCCCUUAUGAGACUACUUGAUAGCGAAGAUAAGAAGUUUGUAGCAAUCGAUCUACCUGGAUUCGGUAAAAGUGACGAGUGGGCGAACUACUUAAUGGAUAAUGUAGUAAAAGCUGUUCAUCAUACAGUGAUUUUACUUUUCAGCAUGUAUCAGAGCUAUAGCAAGCUCACAAUGGUAGGUCAUUCAGCAGGUUGCUAUAUCCUAAUUCAUUUUUUAACUAAUUAUCAAAACAGCUUCCAGUUUGGCAAAUGCGUGUUAUUGGCACCGCCCAAGCGCACAGUAGAUGUGUUAUCUAAGGAAAAUCAUCUAAUACAAUUUGGCCUGAAAGCAAUCUCGAAAAUUCCAUGGAUCCUGGAUAUUUACAGAGAACGGUUUGACCAGAACAAAGGUUUAGCGAGUUCAGGCAUCAGCCGUUUUUUUUAUCGCGAUGGAGAUAUUACAAACAAAUAUAGAAAAUUAUGGCAAUUCCAUAACAAUAUUCAAAUCAAGAGUCGAAGUCUUUGGAACUAUCUCUUGGGUUGGCAAGAAAUCAACUGGUCAAAAGUUGAUAGUACAUUAACAACGGUUUCUAUCGUGAUUAUGUGCGGCGCAAAUGACGUCGUAACACCUCUAAGUAAUGCCCAGGAUAUGUUAAAGUGUUUUACCAAUGCGCAAGAUAAAAAUCUAAUCGUGAUUCCUGAAUGUGGCCACAAUCUGACGUUCGAUUAUCCUGAGCUUUUCCUUGCAAAUUUUUCUCAGGCCGUUCUAAGUAAUUGA